GUUGGGUGGAGGAAGGUGACUGGCUGGUGCUGCCAGAGGGCACUCCUUUCGAGCCCGAGCUGGAGAAGUGCCUGGAGAGAGCAGACUUGACCUUGGCAGAGAUCCAGGCAGGUGCUGCCUGCUCCACUCAGUUCAGCUUUGCAAUGAGCAUUGGGCUCAUCGAUGCCGGCCAAUUGCCCAGAAGGAAGGAGCUGCAAUUGGUGGGCCGGAGGUCCCUGUGGCUUCUGAGCCGCAGGAGGGUGAUGUAUGUACUCUUUGCUGAGGUGGAGGCGUGGCAGCAGAUGUGGAAGAUCCAAUCCAUGAAUCGCAUGUGGACAUCUGCGGAUGUUGCGCACGUGCAUGCCAUCAGCGGCGCAAUCUAUUUCGCCUUAGGAGCUGGAGUGUUGCUGUACACUUGCGCGAGCGAUAUCAUGACUCUGAAUGGGAACAGCUGGGCAUUGACCUCGGAGUCAGCUGUCGCAUGGGUGAGGAGCUGUCAGAGCUACACGGAGUUUGCAGCACAGGCGCCCACGCUUCCCAUGGAGGCCUCCGCAUGCACCACUCUGAUGCUGCCGCGGGCAGUUUCCGAGACGCCAGGACGGCAUGACAUGAGGCUGUACCUGCUCCUAGACCUAGGACAUUUUCAGGUGAAGCUGUUGGCCCUCUUCGCCGGAGUCCUGAACGCCCUCAGCGGCCUCCAGCCAAGCCUCCUCGGCUCGCCCGGACCCCGGCGCAGCGACGUGCUGAAGGUUUUGGGCUUUGGGAGCAGAGGUGACGUGCUGGCGUAUCAGACGGCGCGGGCUGUGUGGCCGGAGCUGGCCAUCGCGGACCCUCUUGUCGGAGGGCUCACGCUGCUGCUCGUGGCCCAUCAGGUUGGGGCAGGGAGCCAGAAAAGCAGAGAGGAAGAAGAUUCUCCCAUGCUUUGGGGGAGGCCUUCCUAA